AUGAUAAUUCUACUAACCUUUAAUAAAAUGGCGGCCAAAAAGGAAGAAGAAGCAAUGGAGACCGAGAGCAGCGGGGAAGGAAAGAAAAGGAUACACUUUGGGAGUCUGGAAGAGAAAGAGAGAGAGCGUUUACUAUCAGGGCAAUCCUCUUUCACGUCAUCUUCUGUUCUUGCUGGAAUAAAAGCUGGAAACAUUAACAUUACUAGUGAUUCUUCAGUUGAUGUUGCUCAAUUGCCUGACAGACAGAAAGUACUGAUAGAUGAAUUUGAAAAGAAGAAAAGAGUGCGGUCUAUUGUAGUGCCAACGUCUGAUUCUGAAGUGAAAGCAAAACUGAGAGAAAUGGGACAACCUAUUUGUUUAUUUGGUGAAGGACCAGCUGACAGAAGAGAGAGACUACGACUUCUUGUCGCUCAACUUGCCGAGAGAGGUAUCAAGGUUAGUUUAGAGCAGAAGCAGGUGUCCCAAACCACUGAUACUAAUGAAGAGGCGAUUGAUGAAGACUCAGUUUGGUAUCACGAAGGAACUGCCGAACUAUUAUCAGCUAGAUACUGGAUCACUGAAUACUCCAUGCCCAGGGCUAGGGAAAGGUUAGUUCAGGCAAGGCUAGAGGCUAAAAGACCCGGACCGGAAAAAGCUGCAAAGAAACAAGAACUGCAUAGGAAACUACGAGACAUGACUAACAUAUGCAGUCAGGUUGGAGACACUAGACCAGUAUCUUAUUGUGAAUUCUCACCUGAUUCUAAAAUGCUGGCCACUUCCUCUUGGUAAGGAAUUAAUG